AUCAAAUAGUCAUACAUACAGUUCUCAUACAUUACCCACAAAGAAAAGAAAGAAAACUCAAGGAGAUCUAGUUGACUUUGUUACCUUCUUGAAACAUUAGCAGCAAUGGCAUCUGAGCAAUCCAGGAGAGAGAACGCUACAAGUGAGAGAGAGAAUUAUGUGGUGAGAGAAAGAGUCCCAAAAAUGGCUAGCCAUUUUGAGUCUUUGAUAGAGAAACCAAAAGAAUCAGUUGUCAAAGAAAACAUCGGUGAAGGUGGCAAUGAAACGGGAGCCCAGUACUUUGAGUCUCUUGCUGACAAAAUGAGAGGAGCUAGGGUGGAUGUUUCUGGUGACAAAGAAAGGGAAAGAAGAGAAGAAGAACAAGAACAAGAAAGGAAAGCAAGAGAGGGUUAUUCUGCUGGAAAAUCUAAAGUGGAAGGGGGUGGAAAAGAAACCGAAGGCAAACAAGAGGAGAAUGGUAGUGAUCGAAACAAAGAGCACCAACUUUCCCUCGAUGAAAUAACGAAGUUAAGAGAAACGGCGCAAAAAAAUUCGUUCGAGGCUUUAAAAGCAGCUGAAGAAAGAUAUGAGAAAGCAAAAGAGAAGGCAAGCCGAGUUGUGGGUUCUGCAACUAAGAUUGUGAAAGAGAAAUUUCCUCAAGCAAAAAACACUUUUGCUGAGAAGGCUGCACAACCUAAAGACAUUGCUGCGGAGAAGGCCGCACAAGCCAGAGACAUUGCUGCACAGAAGGCUGCACAACCUAAAGACAUUGCUGCGGAGAAGGCCGCACAAGCCAGAGGCAUUGCUGCACAGAAGGCUGCACAACCUAAAGACAUUGCUGCGGAGAAGGCCGCACAAGCCAGAGGCAUUGCUGCACAGAAGGCCACACAUACAAAGGACAUUACUGCACAGAAGGCAGCACAAGCAAAGGACACUCUAGUUGAAGGGGCUCAAAAAACUACUCAUUAUAUCGCAGAGAAGGGAGCACAAGCAAAAGACACCAUUGUUGAAGGUGCUAAGAAAACUUCAGAGUAUGUUGUAGAGAAGAGCAAAGGGGCCAUGAGUUAUACAGUAGAGAAGGCAGUAGCAGCUAAAGAUGUGACUGUCGAAAGUGGCAAAGAGGCCGCUUGUUAUGUAGAGAAAGUGGCCGUGGAUGUGAAAGACAAGGCCGCUGCAGCUGGAUGGACUGCUGCUCAUUACACAACUGAAAAAGCUGUGGAGGGGACUAAGGCAGCAGCGAGGGCAGUAGAGCAUGCAGGUCAGAAGACUGCCGAGCUUGCAGGGAAGCCAUUGGGAGCUGCUAAAGAGACUGCUGCAUCUACUGGUGAAAGUAUCAAGAAGUAUACAGCUAGGAAGAAAGAGGAGGCCGGGAGAGAACUUGAGGCCCGAAAAGCUGCAGAAGGACAGAGGAGUUUCCAGGGAGGAGAAUUCAGGGAAGAAUCACAAGUUCAUGCAACAGGAGGUCAAGGAGCAGAGGAAGGGAACGUCACAAAGAAAGUCGCCCCAGAAGGCGACGAACAAGAAGAUUAACAAUAUUGGCGGCUUCGACAGCGACAAGAGGGAAGCAGCAUACUGGGCACCAUUGGCGAAACUAUAGCGGAGUUUGCUCAAGCAACCAAAGAUCUAGUUAUUGGGCAUUGGGAAAUUCAUCUUUCUGUGAUGGGACUCAAGGCACCUGAUGAUCCUUUAAUGGAGAAAUAUAAUGGUAGGGUACUGUUUGAAAAUGGUAUUCCUUGA